AUGGCUUCCGUGUCGUCCCUCGACAAGGACUUGCGCAAGAUGCGCCUCGACAAGUACACGCCCGCCGCCGCCAACGAGGCUCGUGCCUGGAUCGAAAACAUCCUCGGCGACCGCUUGGCUCCCGGCGAUCUCCUCGAGGCGCUCAAAGAUGGCGUCGCACUGUGCCAACUAGUCAACCUCGCCGUACCGCCGCCCGGGGUCCGCUUCAAGCAGUCCGCCAUGCCCUUCGUCCAGAUGGAGAACAUCUCCAUGUUCCUGCGCGCCUGCCAGGAGCCGCCUCUCAACCUGCAGCAGCACGACAUGUUCCUGACCGUCGACCUCUACGAGUCCAAGGACCCGGCCCAGGUCCUGCAGUGUCUCGGCGCCUUCAGCCGCGCCGCCCACGCCGCCAACCCCUCCGCCUUCCCCUCCGCCAUCGGGCCCAAGAGCGGCAACCGCAACAGCGUCCUCAGCCCCCAGAGCACCGGCUCCGCCACCCCCGUCAUGAGCCCUCGCGGCCGCGGCAUCUCCAACGCCAGCAACGGCUCCUCCGUCUACGGCAACCGCACCGUCCUGACCCCGACCAAGACCGGCGACUCCAGCUCCGGCCGCUGGAGCCCGACCAAGAGCCCCACUUCGGUUAGCAGCUGGAGCAAGAGGGAGCACGAGGGCGCGACCGCGCCCGCUUGGAACAUCGCUCAGUACGGCUACAUGGGCGGCGCCAGCCAGGGAAACCUCGGCAUCUCCUUCGGGGGCAGGCGACAGAUCACUAGUGCCGGUCCGACCGUCCCGAGCUUGGCUGAGAAGGAGCGUCUGCGCAAGGAGAAGGCCGCCGAGGAGGAGCGCCAGAGGCAGCAAAUGGAAGAGGAGGAGGCCCGCCGGAGAGCCGAGAUCGAGGCCGAGGAGCAGCGCGCGAGGGAGGAAGAGGAGCGGCGGUGGGAGGAAGAGACGCGACGCGCCAGGGAGGAGGGGAAGCGCAGGGCAGAAGAGGAACGGAGGCGCUGGGAGGAAGAGGAACGGCAGUGGAAGCUCACCGAGGAGAAGCGCCGGCAGGAGGAGCAGGAAGCAGAGGCCCGUCUCGCAGAGGAGCGCUCGCGGUCUAGGAGCAAGAGCGACGCCCGCCUGCGCGGUCAGUUCCUGAGCCAGUACCAAGCAGAGGAGAAGGAGGAGAAAUACAGCAGCAGGGUCAAGGAGCUCGAGGCGGAGCUGGAGAAAGCCCGCCAGCGCGAACAGGAGUACGAGAGGGAGCGGCAGGAAAGGCAUACCCGGCCCGCCGACCCCAAAACCCGGGCUCGAUCCCGCAGCCGCCCGAACAUGCCGGCGAAGCAACCCAGCCGAACCGAUUCAUGGUCCAGGAACGAACGAGAGUUUCUGCAGACGCAAUGGAAUGAUCAACAGCAGCAGCAACAGGCCCCCGAACCCGUGGGACCCAAGUCGCCACCCCAACAGGUGCGGUCGCCGAGACCUCUUCCCACUCCCACGGCGGCGCCGACACCCCCGCCGCAGAUGAUUAAGACUCACCGCACGGGCGAAUCGCUGCCGCAGCCGCCGCAGGUCAAGAAACACCACACGGGGUCGAGACCACUGCCGGAUCCUACUGCCUACGCCUCUCCACCACCUGCUGCCGCCUCCUCGAAGCCGUCGCGAAGCGAUAACGGCCGUUUCGCCGGCUCAAGUCCAGGCCCGGGGCCAGGGGUGUCCUCGCCGCCGAACCCGGCCGCCGCCAGGUCCUCGCCCUUUGCCGUCCCCUCGUCCGCCUCCUCGCCCAACAUGAGCCGCACCGACCGCUUCCUGGCCAGCAACCCGGCGCCGCAGGCCCAGGCCCCGCCGCCGACGUACUCGCGCGAGCUGGGCGCCACGGCCGAGCGCGACGCCGAGGACCGCCGCCGCGCCCAGUCGCAGCAGAAGACGCGCGCCGGCGGCUGGGCCGGCAAGUCCCUGCUCGAGCGCGAGAUGGAGAUGGAGCGCCAGCGCCAGCGCGAGUGGGAGGAGGCCCAGCGCGAGACGGCCGCCGCCGCCGUGCCGCCGAACAAGCAGGACGGCGGCGCCGGCGGCGAGAGGUGGGACGUCAACCAGUGGACCGGGUACACGGGCGGGGACAGCCAGAACCGCGGCGGGCAGGGGAUCGGGGCCGGGCGGAGGCAGAUUGUGGGGCCGAGGCCGUUGCCCGGGAGUCGGUCUGGGGGGUUCUGA